AUGACGACUGUUUCUCCCUCAUAUUCAACGAAUCCCCUCAAAUUCAAAGUCGAUUCGAUUGUCACGAAGAAACUCAACUUGGAUAAAGUUUUUUGGACUAUUCUUCAGGAAAAAUGUUUUUUUGAGGAAUUUCUACGAGUUAUCGGAUUAAUUUCACCACUUAUGGAAGAUGUGGAGAUGGACAAGUUCGCCGAAAGAAAGCUGAGCAGGAUUCUCGAAAAGAAGCAAGUCGACCUCAGGAAUGAGUACUUGGCGGAGCUGGACAAGGUUAUUUUCUGAUGAUUUCUUGAGGUUAAUAAGUUCUAGAUGAAUAAAACUGUUCAAGGAGUAAAUUUCACGGUCCAAAAAAUGAACGGGAAGUUCUGCGAUUUGACAUAUCGGGUCGAAAAAAUCAAGAGAACGAAUACACAUCUUUUGCAUGAAACUCGACGGCUGCAAGAUUUGAAGUUGGUUUUUGAAGUUUUAUAAGUUUUCUUGUAGUAUUGAAUGACAUAAAAGCAGGUUUUUUGAAUAUUCAUAGGCAAAGUCGUGAAGGGUGGAAAGGGCUCCAUAAAAAUGUUUCAUUUAGGGUGACAAAGGCUCAUUUUUUUUCUGCCUUUUUUUGCCAUUUCAUCGGCCCUUAUGCACCAUUUUUGCUGCCUCUCCCUUUUUUCACCAUUUCUUGAACAUUCGAAAUCCGAGAAAAAAUGGAAGGUUCGAUAAAGGGACUCGUUUUGCUACCUUUUUGCGGCUUUUCUGCGGCCUUUUUGCUGCCUUUUUUCUGCCUUUUUACGGCUUUUUUGCUGCCUUUUCGCUGCCGUUUUUGAGCCUCUCCCUUCUAGCUGACAUUAUCCACCAUUCCGACCUUGCCCGAGUUUCACAGCCAAAAUCGAAAGUGUAGAAAACGGAUGAAAAAAGGGAGUGGCUGCAAAAUGGCUGCUAAAUGGGUUCCGUUUUGCAGCCUUUAUUGAGCCUUUCAUUCUUGGUGUGCUAUAAAGCCUCAAAAAAGGCCGCAAAAAGGAAGAAGAAAGAGUGAGGGUGCUAAAAGUGUCGGCUAUUGAUAAUUUCCGAUUUUAUUACUGUAGCACAUUUUGGUGCAUACACAGUAAUUGGUAAAGAUUAUUCAAAAUUUAAAAAAAAAAACUGUCUGUUUUUCAAAAGGGUCCAAAAAGGGUGGAAAAAGGUCGAGGAAAGGACGGAAAAAUGGAGUAAAAAGGAAACCUUUGUCACCCGUUUAGGAACGAUUUAUGGAAAUCUUUGUAUCCAUAGUGGACCCUCAAUGGGCCUGUAAUGGGUCCUUCCGAAUUUGAUAGAAGAAAUUCUUUUUAGAAAAUAAAAAAUGGUCAAAAAUUGUCUUUUUAACUCUUUUUGAAGAAUACAACCAUCUAUUUCUAUUUUUUCUCUGUACAGAAAGCAAUUUUUCGCCAAGUACACAGGAUAUCUCAGGCUGACCCCAAAAUGACUUUCCGUGGAGGUUUUUGAAGGAAUUUUCCAAAAGCUACUUUUAAGGAUUUUGUUUUCGAAUUUCUAAAAGUCUCCAAAUAUGAUCAAAAGUUUUCAUUAAGAAAGACGUUGGAAUACCGGAAAACUGCAAUUGAAACAUUUUUGAACAACUAUUCCCUGACGAGUGCGGAAGAAGAAGCAUUGAAAUGUGAAACGAGAGGUUUCAUCCCGAUUUUUUGUUCUUUAUCUGAGAAAUUUUACAGAUUUUAGACUCACAGCCGACUUUUUCGCGGCACUCCAACGUGUCAAGGAUAUUCAUGAGUCGACGAAAGAUUUUUUGAGAGAAGGAAAAGGAGGAAAUCACGUUGCAGCGUACUUAUAACAUUAAAAAAAAGAGAAUUUUAUAUUAUUCAAGGGUCGAAGUGAUGGACUCAAUGCAGAGGAAAAUCAAGGAGGCCUUUUCGACAAUGUUGGAAAAGUUGGCACGCGAGUUUUAAGGCUUUUUCUGUUACAAAAUGUUAUUUAACUGUUUUUGAAAAUAUUAAAGAUACUUGUUAUUUUCUACGCAUUUUUCCCGUAAAGUUUAGUGUAUCGUGUGCAUGCACUGCGGCGCUCUCGCACAUGCGAAUUUCCGCGAAAUUCAAAAUCAUGUCUUAAUUUCCGAAGUUCAGUUAUAUUUUCCAUUUUUCGGUGGCUAUUUUGAAUAUCGCGGAAUCACUGUGAACACGGCAACAGAAAAGUUGCGAUUUUUUAAAAUGAGAAAUGGAUUCGUCUCAUGACCCAUUGAACAUGCGCCUUUAAUAUUCCCUGUUGUUUACGCUUUUUUCCCAUGACGUCACAUGGGAACGGCAGAGGUUCUGACCACGCCCCAUUUAUGGUUUCGCAUUUUUUUCCACUAAUAAAAAUGCCGGGAAAUAGCUUCUCACAAAACUUUUCGAUUAUGUCCUUCCCAAAAUGAUACGAAACUUUCGAAUUUCAAAUUUACUACCACUGACUUGUCUUUCCAGGCGAGUUUCGGCUCCUGAAUUCGGAUUAUUUCAAUUCGAAAAACGUCAUCGGCCAAUCGUUUCAAUGCUUGCAAGAUCAUCCGAUCAUGUUCCAAAUUUCAUUGGGUGGGUCUAAAAAUUGAUAUUUUCCAGGGAACUAUGUAGAAAAAAAAGUUGAAUCGGAAGUUACUGAUUUGCCAUUAGACUUGUCGAAACUUAAGGAUGGGUCUCAAAGAACUGCGUGCCUGAAAUUUGAAAUUAAACAGAGGCAAAGCUACCGCUUUUUUUCGCUUUCGCUUCGAGACCCUUCAUGAAUUGCGAAAGAAGCUUAAAAAAAAGAUUACUUACCGAAAUUUGCGAAAAAAGAAGGUUAAAAAAAAUGGGCUAACGAGCUGGUGCACCACAUACAACCUGUUCUAGUCGAUUUAAACUUUGCUUGAGCAUUCGCGCUCCAUCGCACUUUUUUUUAUCUGCAUCAUAACUAGGACCAGGAUUGUGCGAGGGCCGGCCCGUCACCCUCGCGGCUCCCCGACCAUUUCGUGAGCCCGGCCCGGCCCGGCCUUAGCGGAACCUCAAGAAAAAAUGGCCCGCCCGGCCCAAAACGCGCAAUUUUUUUCUAGUUGGAGAUCAAGUUUGUUUACGACAAAAUUUAAGUUUUUGCUCAUUUUUUCACUAGAAGUUUAACAAAAACCAUGAUUUCAAAAGUAAAAGUUACCUUUCGGUGAAAAUUUUUUUAAUGAACUUUAAAUUUUUUUGGAGCCCGGCCCGAGCCCACGCGGGCUCUUUCCUGAAAAUAAGGCCCGGAGCCCGGGCCGGGCCGCCCGGCCUGACGCACAAGCCUGACUAGGACCUACUCUGACAUGGGGCGCAUGAAAACCCCGCCACAACUCUUUCUCUGACAUUCACUAUUUCGUCGUUAUCCAGCUGCGAUAAAACGACGAAAUAGCAUAGGUCAGAGAAAGAGUUGUGGCGGGGUUUUUAUGCGCCCCAUGUCAGAGUAGGUAACGUGAAACGGACACGUUCCGGACUUUUCUGAGCAUUAUAUGUAAUCGCUCAAGAGUGCUGAAGCCACUGAAGGGAUCACUAAAAAUAAUUUGGACAGGUUCCUGAGUAAGAGGCUUUUUAAUUCAGAAGAAUAUGCUGCGAUAAGGGGCCAGAAUGCUCUCCGACAGUAUAUCGAAGCCUUAACAAAAACGAACAAUGGGAAAGGGAUACCGAUUGAAAUGAUGAGUCAUGACAGGAUGAGGUAUCAAAAUAUCAAAAAGAUCUGGACUUUCUAAGAUAUGUCGGCGACAUGUUGGCAUUCAUGCUUGGGGUUACUGGCACUGAAAGAGAUUUACUGGAAAAUCUCCUUUCCCAAUGCGAUUCUGAAGGUUUUCAAUGGUGCCAAUAGAUUUUUUUGAAGUUGAAGCUUCAGUUUUUGCUGCCAAUUCGGCCCCGGUGCUGAACAACGUCACCAGGGCGUUCUGUGGUCCUUUCAAAGUGAAUAUUGGAAUUAUCAGGGUUACUUGAAGUUUUGACAGGUUCGAGUUGAACAAGCGUUGGGAACCGAUUCGGACAGUAUUUUGAUGUUCCGUCUGGCGAACCUUUUUUCGUUCUACUCGGAGAAGUUUUGGUGGGUUUCGAGGGGGAAAAGGCCGUUAAAAAUGAAAAGAAAACUGUUACAGAAUUGAGGAAAAAGGUGCUCCAUUUUCCAUGUUUUUUUAAAUCAAGGGGGGGUGGUAAUUUGCUUAGUAACUUGAAAAAUAAAAAAAUGAAAAAGUUGAAAAAUGCUUCAUAAUUUAGUCAUACGUUCAAUGAAACCAUUGACUUUCCUAUUUUUUUAACAAGGAAUGCCAAAAAAAGUGGCUUCAUUUGGUUCAUAAACUUGAGAUACAGCUUUUUCUCGCAUUUUUUUGAAAAAUCAUUUUAUCAAAAAUCAUCAUUUUAUGAAAAAUCAUUUAUCGUUCAUAAGUAAAACAAAAAUUUUUCUUUUUAUUCAUAAAAAGUUCCUCAAAUUCCAGUCCCAACUCUUUUUAUCCAUUUCCAGUCUUUCGAAUCUGUUUGUUCUUCUUAUUAAAUUAUUAUUAUUUUGAUUAAUUUUUCAAAACCAAUGGAAUUGAAUGUCUUGAUUUACUCGACUAAAAAAACUUGAAGCAAAAAUUCUGUGAAUCGAUUUUAGAUCAUUUUUUUAUAGAAUUUUUUUUCGGCGUUAUACCAAAAAAUGUAUAAAACAUUUCAAGUUUUCAACUUUUUACACCGUAUAGCCUGUUCUUUUUUGAAUGAAAAACGCUCUGUAUAUGGCUCGCUCUCUGAUUGGUUUAUCGCGCCAUUAGGGGCGGAGCUUGAACGUCCUCUCGGCAGGAAUUAUGCUCCGGGCAGACCCUAUCUGGGAUGUGGCCUUUAAAUUUUCGGUGCUUUUUCUCGCACAUUCAGGGGCACAACCGAGCGCGGAGUCAGUUUAUUGCGAAAUGACCUCGAGAGUGGAGUUUUUAAAAUUCCGAGUCAAUUCAGUGCAAUUUCAGGGGCGAAAGCGAGCGAAAAAAGCGAAUCUAAAAUCUGUAAUUUUCUCAAAUUCAAUUCUAAAGUUUUAUUUAGUAGAUCUUUUAAAGUUAAAUAGAAACUCCUGCUAUCGUAAUAGCUUACUUCUCGCACCUUAUUUGCGCUUAAUGGGAAUAGGUUAAGGCCCGUUGAUAAUAUUCUUUUUUUCCCAUGAUGGGAAAAAGAGAGCAAUUCUGGGGGUUGCACGGGGCCGAGGUAUCUGCCGAGCUCUUGAAAUUCUAAAUCUGAACAAACCAUAAUCAAAAAAUCAUAUAUUUUUUUUCAGUUUUGUGAUCGGCGAAAAUAGCGAGUUGGCGAAAACUCUCCGAGAUUUGCACGCGACUUCGAUGGCAAUGUUUUACGCUGGCUUAAAUUCAACUGUUCAAAAAUUGUUGCUGAAAGUGAGUUCACGAAAAAAAUUUUGAAACUUCUAAUCGCGAAGAACGAGCAUUGUUCUGUUGUCCGAAGAAGUCUAUACCAAAGACUUGAAAAAGUAUAGUCCUCUUUUUUCCAGACUUCCUUGCCGGACUAUGAUCUCCUGCCGGUUCCAGCCGUUUUCCAGUGUCUGAUGCUUCUAAAAGAUGUCAUGGAAACUAUAAACGGGUGUAUGGGAACGUUCAAUGAGACCAAGGAAGACUUAAAGAAAAUUUUCGAACUUAUCCUGGAUCCUUUAACCCGGCAGGUACAGGUCACUGCGACGCAGCUUCAUUCUCCGCUAGGUGAGGUUGAAAGAAUAAGAAAAUCAUCGAGAAUAGUUAGGUUUUUGAAUGUCGAAGUCAUAAGCCAUUCCUAACAAGAAAAAAAUAGAUUUUUUUCGUCCUGAAGCCCAGAAAAAAAUUAUAAUUUUUGAAAGCUUUUUGAAAAAUUUCAAACCUUAUAUCGAUAUAUUGACUUUCUAACUCUUCAGAAAGGAUAAUCACUGAACAAAAAAACAAAGAUUCAGGAGUUUUAUGUAGUUUGCUCAGAAAAAAAGAAAUUAUUUUUUUGAGAGAAUUUUGAAAAAAAGAGAAAAAAACUUUUUUUACCAAUGCUUCUAAAUACAGGGGCGAAGAUAAACUUUUGACAUUUCUUUUCGACAUAUUUCCCUAGAAAAUCAGCGAGUUUUGGGCCUACGAGCCCUAGAGUGAGCCCUUGAUUUUCCGAAUCCACCAUGAUUUAUUUAGCCUGAAGUUCAUGGUCUUGUGAGCCCGAGAUCGUUGUUAUUUUACAAAAAUCGCCUCGGCUACUGGAAUUUUAAAAAUAUUUGGUUUUUUUUUUGGAUGGAGCUCUUCUGUUUGCGAAAGAUCACUAUGGGCUCAGAAGAUCAGAUCUAAAAAGAUUAAGGGUUCACUUUAGGGCACUAGAAAUCGGAAGAUCAGGACUCACUUCAGGGCUCAAGAGAUCAAGGGGCCACUUAAGAGCUUGAAAAAUAGGGAUAUUAGGGCUCAAAAUUUUAAGCGGUCACUUUAGGGAUCGAAAAAUAGUUUACAAUUUCGGGCUUGCAAAACAGUGUACACUUUAGGGGUCGAAAAGUCGUUUAUACAUGGCUCAAAAGAGCAAGGGGUCACUUUAGGGCUAGAAAAAUAGGGAUAAUAGGGUUCAAAAGAUCAAGGUGUCACUUUAGAGCUCGAAAAGUAAUGGACCCAAGUUUUGUCGAAUUUCAGGUAGAUAAUCAGAAUAAAAAAAUAAGAAUGAAAGGGAAAAAAAUUCUAUGAAAAAAAUGUUAAAGCUUCUACUUUCACUCCCCCCCAUACUUAUAAAAAUUUCAGACGUCGCUGUCUAUACUCUGAACUGUCUUUCGGCGAUGAAGCUUACGGUCGCGGCGUGUGAAUAUUCCGAAAAACGGCUUGAAAUCAUCGACGCCAUGGUUUUCCAUCAUUCAAAAUGCAGCAAGGAGCAGAUCUUUUAGAUUGAUGGCAAUGAAGAUUUGCUGGUUUCUGAAGAAGUCUCCGAGAUUCUGAAGCAAACCAAACUCGUUUCUAUUUAUCAGAAGGUCGCGGCUCAUCGAAACGAGCAGGUUAGAAAAUUGGCUUGCAAGAAAAUGAGUUUUGUUCUUAAGAAUGCCGAAGUGGUCCCUAGAGAAGUGAAGGGAAAAAGUUCCUUUAGAGAAAAAAAAUAGUGCUCCCUUGAGAGGUGAAACUUAGUAGGUCCCUACAGGAGUUAGAAAAAUUGAGAAUGCCAGAACUUCAUAGAGUAUUAGCGGAAUUAUCUCAAAAUUUCCAACUUCAAUCCCUAAAAAGGGUUUUUUCAAGUCUUGUUCAAUUGAUUUCAACUAGGCUCUGAUUUGGCAGAGAGAAAUUAACUCACUAAUUUUUGCUUCUAGAAGAACCUUUAUUUUACGACUUUGAAGUUGACCUUCUUCCUUCCUUUUUGGUCGAAAAGGGCCACUCCAAACUUGGGUUGUUAAAUUUUUAAAGACUAUUUUCGCUAACUUUUCCUACUUCAAAGUGAGAAAGAACUAUCCAAUCAAAAAAAAAGUCAAGUCUUUUAAACCCCAUACUACCUUACAGGAUAUUGAAAAAAUACCCAAAUUGAGAAUUUGAUCAAACUUCGCUGAGAUGUUCUCUAGAGCGUUUUGAAUUUGACUAAAAGGCAGAAAUAUUUUUUCGGUUGGUUUCAGAGUGUAAUAAUAGUGCUUUUCAGCUCCAGCGAAUCCUCAAAACGAUUUCAGAUUGAAACUGAGAUUUAAUAUCAUGAUUUUAGGCCCAAUAAAAACAACCGGAAACAGUUUAUAUACAAAAUCACUUCAGGGCCUUCUCUACUUUAAUAUUUUGGAAAAUUGAGUAGUAUCAGACAAACUUUGAUAACUAUAAAGUGACUGGAAAACUGGAAAUUUUUUUUUGCUAGUAGUAAGGGUUUUAUAAAGUAGUUAUAAUAAGUAAGCUAAAUUUUGGCCAAGUCUCGUAAUCUUUAAAGUUUGAUCAUUUCUCAGAAUAGAUAAAUGAAAAUCUCAUGAGAUCACUUCAGGGUCCCCUCUUUCCCUUGCUGGUAUGGACAAACCGACGGUAUCCUGGUCUCUAGAGAAAUUUUCUGGAUUUUUGCACAAUCCCACGGAAUUCAGACUCCCUCAUUUCUCAAAAAUCAACUGCUUCAGUAUCAGGUUUUCCAAAAGCGCAAUAAAUUCCAAUAAAAACAUUUUUUAGAAAAUCGAUUCGAAAGAAAAGUAUCGAAGAGCUUUUGA